AUGGGCCUCCAAAGACGUUCCGUCGACGACUUGGCUGAGAAGGAGUUUGGUAAGCGUUUGCGGCCUACGCAGCUGCUGGCCCUGUUCAAUAAGGCAGUGUAUAAGCUCGCUAAUCAGCUGUUGAAGGGAAUGAUCGAGGAUAUUGAGAAGGACGAGCUGAGUCAGAAGGAUGCCAAGAAGGAUGGGCCUGUCGCUGAGACUGUUGAGGAGGAGGAGGAAGUAGUGGAGUUGCCGGAGAAUACACUGGAAGAGGACCAAGCCCUGGCAGGGGAAGAAGUUGAUAAGGAGCUGUUGGCUAAAAAGAGGGAGCUUUUACUAGACUCACUCAUGACCUCACAGGGUGGUGGAUCUUUUGAGAAGUACAACGUGUCGAACCUUGAUGAGGAGAAGAUUUCGAAGGGGGAGAAGGUUGGCAAUAGAGUGUUGGUUGAGCGAGACUCUGCUGAGAAGAAGAAGCGUAAGAGGACCUCCCAAGGUGGUGGUAGUGGAAAGGGCGGUAAGAAGGCUCACAAAUAA